AUGGUGCUAAGUGUCAGAGUCCUGGUCGUGUGCAGUUAUCUUAUUAUCUCCGCGGUACAUUCAUCACCCCAACACCUGGAAUCAGCCGAGUACUCAGAGUCCACGGAAGUAUCAGUGGUGUCAGUGUCAUCAUCAGCCUCCUCAGAGCUCCAUGAGGGGUCGGGGGAAGAUCCACCUGAUCCUGUACUUCCUAAUAAUAUUAAGAAUGAAACUAGAGAGGCACUCAAAAGUGAUGGCAGUGAACAAGAUCCGGUGGUGUUCCUAUCAGACAAGAACAGCUACAUCCCGGUAAGCAUCAAGCCGCGCUCGCCUGCAGUGGACACGACGUGGAGGGAGCCACCGGCCUGGGAGCGCGAGUACAGGAGACAUCGCACCAAUGGCAGUAGGGUGCAGUAUAUUGAGGCUGAGUGUCAAGAUGACUUCAUGAAGAUAAGGGUCGGCUUCAACGGAUCUUUUGCUGGACUGGUGUAUUCCGCAGGCUACUCAUACGACCCGGACUGCAUGUACAUCAACGGCACGGGACGAGACUACUACGAGUUCUACAUUCAGCUCAACAGAUGCGGUACUCUUGGAAGGAACGGACAGCAUGAUGAUAGCAGGAAACAUCCCACUAAGAACCUGAUGUGGAACACGAUCACGGUGCAGUACAACUCACUGAUUGAGGAGGAGCUGGACGAGCACUUCAAGGUCACCUGCGAGUAUGGAUACGACUUCUGGAAGACUGUCACCUUCCCUUUUUUAGACGUAGAAGUGGCCACAGGAAACCCGGUGGUGUUCACGCUACAACCCCCCGAGUGCUACAUGGAGAUUCGCUCGGGGUACGGCGCCAAUGGAGCGCGGGUAUCAGGCCCGGUGCGCGUCGGGGACCCACUUACGUUGCUCAUUUAUAUGAGAAGCGCUUAUGAUGGUUUCGACAUCGUUGUGAACGACUGCUUCGCUCACAAUGGCGCUACAAAAAGGAUACAGCUUAUUGAUGAAUAUGGGUGUCCAGUAGACGACAAGCUUAUAUCUCGGUUCCGCGGCUCUUGGUCGGAGUCAGGCGUGUUCGAGACGCAAGUGUACGCGUAUAUGAAAACGUUCCGAUUCACGGGAUCGCCUGCGCUUUAUAUCGAGUGUGACGUCAGAAUGUGCCAUGGACGGUGUCCGUCGCAACCCUGCCACUGGCGUAACAUGAAAAGCGUGAAGCGUCGUUCAAUAGACUCGAAGCCGGGCCUGGACCCCGCCUCCAGCGUGGCGCCGCGGCUCUCCGAGAACAUCUCGCUGUUCCAGUCGCUGAGGGUGCUGCAGGAAGGCGAGGAGGAUUCUGAGUUAGCUGCCAGUACUGGCGCACCAGAAGGCCAAACCUGUAUGAAGACAUCAGCACUAUCAGCCAUCAUGGUCUCCUGCGGGGUGCUGAUAGCCGCACUUUGUGGAGGAGUGUUAGCGGCCGCGAGAGGCUUCCGACGAAGGGAGGCGAGAACACCCCACCACGCUUACGUACCCCAUAAAGGACGAAUCAAAUAAAGGAUCAAGUAAACACCUUUAUAUUGUAAGUUGUGAAAUGACUGUGUUUUCAUAAGAUAUAGGUACCAAUGAUGGUCAUCGCUAGAAGUAGUUGUUACUCCUGGCUUAGGAUUAGUUGGAUACGCUGAUAGUGUAGUCUGUAAGUUUAGUUUUUUUUUAUAAGCUCGUGAUUUUUACAUGAGCCGAUUCCGUCCAGAAAAGUUUUAUUAUCGAAGUUCAGAGACAAUAAUCGAAAAGUUUGAAGUAUAUUGUUUUUCAAAUGAGUAGUUAAAU